GAGCCGCGGCGGGGCGCGGGGAGAGCAGCGGCGGGGCCCGGCCCGGCCCGGCCCAGCCCAGCCCGCGCGUCCACCCCCCGCCCGGGGACAUCAGCGCCGCCGCAGCCAGAUUCACCACAGAUAUGAGUAGGUGGCUGCUCUGUUGCUCCCAUGCUCCAGCUCUUGCUACCCUGUGAUUUCAGAUAACAAACAACCAGGUGAAAAUGUUUUCCUGAGGGACAUGAAGGGAGUGCUGACUGCUAGGAAGUCCAAGCAGCUCUUGUCUCUGAAACAUCCCCAUUCUAGGGCUUCAAGUAGCCUAGUCCUUCCGAAACUGUUCUACAUGGGAGAAGACUGUUUGAGGACUCUUCUGCUGGGGAGAUCCUUUGGUGCAAGAGAUCCCAGGUUGUACACCUCUGCAUUUGUAUGUGGACCUUGUGGAAGAGCAGCAGAUAAGCUACAGAUAAGGGCUGUCCUACUUACUUCCUAGCCAGCUGACAGGUAACAAACCAAAAGAAACCUGCCUUUAUUGAGUUGUCAAGAACAUCAUCGACUCCUUGGUACAUUAUCAAGAUGCAUUAAGAAACUGGAUACAGUGCCAAAAGAACUCCAUGUGUUUCCAUGACUGUCUUGGACCCUGACUCGGAUACUUUUGGAUAUAUAUUUCUAUUCUAAGGUGAAGAGUGUAUACUGUAACUUCUUUCUGCCAGCUUGCUGGCAGAGGUAUUUCACCAAGAUCAUGGACCAUCCUAAUAGGGAAAAGGACGAAAGGCAACGGACAACGAAAGGAAUGCCAGGAAGGAGCGGGCAUGGUUCUCGACCAAGCUCAUCAACGUCUUCUGGUGUUCUUAUGGUGGGACCCAACUUCAGAGUGGGCAAGAAGAUUGGGUGUGGGAACUUCGGAGAACUCAGAUUAGGUAAAAAUCUCUACACCAAUGAAUAUGUAGCGAUCAAACUGGAACCAAUAAAAUCACGUGCACCACAACUUCAUUUAGAAUACAGGUUUUACAAACAACUUGGAAGUACAGCUGAAGGGCUUCCCCAGGUGUAUUACUUCGGACCGUGUGGAAAGUACAACGCCAUGGUACUAGAGCUGCUUGGUCCUAGCUUGGAAGAUUUGUUUGACCUCUGUGAUAGGACAUUCACUUUGAAGACGGUGUUAAUGAUAGCCAUCCAGCUGAUAUCCCGAAUGGAGUAUGUGCAUUCCAAGAACCUCAUCUACCGAGAUGUCAAGCCAGAAAACUUCCUUAUCGGCCGGCAAGGCAAUAAGAAAGAGCACAUCAUUCACAUCAUAGACUUUGGAUUGGCCAAGGAGUACAUUGACCCAGAAACCAAAAAACACAUCCCCUACCGGGAACACAAGAGCUUAACUGGGACAGCCAGAUACAUGUCCAUCAACACUCAUCUCGGCAAAGAGCAAAGUCGUCGAGAUGACCUGGAAGCCCUGGGUCAUAUGUUUAUGUAUUUCCUCCGAGGUAGUCUGCCCUGGCAAGGAUUGAAGGCUGACACCUUAAAAGAGAGGUAUCAGAAGAUUGGGGACACAAAAAGAAACACUCCAGUUGAAGUUCUCUGUGAGAACUUUCCAGAGGAGAUGGCCACGUACCUCCGUUACGUUCGGCGACUGGACUUCUUUGAGAGACCAGACUACGACUAUUUACGGACCAUCUUCACUGAGCUGUUUGAAAAGAAAGGCUACACCUUCGACUAUGCCUAUGACUGGGUCGGCAGGCCAAUUCCUACUCCAGUGGGAUCUGUUCACGUAGAUUCUGGGACAUCUGCAGUCACAAGAGACAGCCACAUGCACAGGGAUCGACCAUCGCAGCAAGCCCUUCGCAAUCAGGUGUCGUCCGACCGCCGCGGGGAGUGGGAGAUCCAGCCCAGCCGGCAGACCAACACCUCCUACCUGACAUCUCAUCUGGCCGCGGAUCGGCAUGGGGGAUCAGUGCAGGUGGUCAGCUCAACCAAUGGGGAGCUGAACGUGGACGACCCAACUGGGGCACACUCCAACGCGCCCAUAACAGCACAGGCGGAGGUGGAGGUGGUGGAGGAAGCUAAGUGCUGCUGCUUCUUUAAGAGGAAACGGAAGAAGACGGCUCAGCGUCACAAGUGACCAGUGCCUCCUGGGCCUUGCAGGAACCACCACGCCUGCAGCUCCUGCCCUGUCUCACUGGAAGGGGCUUCUCUUUAGGGGGGAGGAGGAGGAGGCAUAGGAGGAAGAGAGAAACAAACAAACAAACAAAAAAAACCACAAAAAAGUGACAUUUUAAACCAAAAAGAGAAGAAAAAGUUCCAAAACAAACCACUAUGGGGUGGAUCUGCUGAAUGGUCUCCCUCAUUCACUCCAAGCCUGAAGCUCCUUUUGGGACCAGGACUGUGGCUGGCUCAGGUCUUGAUUGCCCUGGGAGGGGGGCUGGCUGGCUGACCCUUCUUCCCGUUGUUUAUGGCGAAGGCAUCGUUCACGCAAACCUGAGGACUGUGCUUAGUUCCUGCUCACUUUCCUCCCCUCCCUCCCCUGCGCUCUCUGCUCCCUCCAUCCUUCUCCCUCCUUAAUUAAGUGAAGAAAUACCGUAGGCCUGAUGGAGAGGGCAGGAGGAUGCAGUGCAGGCAGGAGGCUUGCAUGGGAGAAGGGCCUGACUGCUGCAGCAGUAAGAGACAGGUUCCCUUUUCAGCUCCUGAGAACAGUUACACUGUAAUGUGCAAGCUGUGAGAAAUUUGCAAUCUACUGUUCCAGUUAGGGGUUUUUUUUCUGGCUCCCUUGACACCUCCCUCCUCUGACGGUAACAGAUCAAUGUGGAUUGUUUUAAAGAAGCUGACGUCGUUGCACUUUUAAUUACUUUUAGCAUUUACAGAUGCACAUUGUAUCUGUGGAUCUCUGUGUGAGCACGCAGGGCCAGCGCAGACAUUCAGCUGGGAAGACGGUGGGAUGCAGAAAAGGCCCUGGAGUGGGAAUGUGGGCAAGCCUUAUGCCAGGCUGGGGUUCCUGCCAUGGGCCACGUGCUGAGGAAAGCAUACUUGAAUUUUCAGUCACCUUUUCUAGCUGCAGUGAAUGUCCCUACCAUUGUUUCCUCCAUCAUGCCCGACCCAACCGGCCGGGAGGUGCAAGGCCGUAGCUUGGCCUCGGCGGGAGGGAGGGAGCGGCAUCAGCUUUGCUGUGCUGGAGGAGUUUGUGCUGGCUUAAGCGGUAGAUCUGGAUUAGAUGUUUCCCAAAGCGGUUCCUCAGUGUGGGCAACCAGGUGGCCUUCUCACAUCCCUGCCAGGAGGGUGGCACGAGCACACACCCUCUGCAAGAAAACAUGAGCAGGAGCAAAGCUUCCCCAGCAGGGGAGGAGAUACUUCACUGCCUUAACACUGAUUUCAACUCCAGAUGGUCAGAUAGGUUUGACUGGAAGAGCCUUCAUGUCCUCUGUGCCAAUGUGGGUCUGGGGCACGUGGGCCACCGUCCCACCCUGCAGGAGAAGCCACGGUGUUUGUGCACUGCUUUUGAGCCAAACCAAUGGGUAGCAAAGGGCUUAGGGCUCUCUGCACCCAGGUGGACAAUAUAAAACUUGUGUCCUGCUGCAGCGUUUCCUAUUUCAGAGGAGGCCAAGGCUGCCCGGGGGUUACUGUAGACAUGGCAGGGCUGUGGGACAGCUCGAGCAGCUUUUGGGGAGGUUGUGAAUAGGUUCCUGUAUGUUGUCUUUCUACAUAUGACACCUGACCAGGCUAGGACUGUUGACUUGAGAGAUUUGCUUGACAAACUUGGGCCUGACUUACCCCCAAAGUCCCGGUGUGCAUGAAGGGAGGAAAGGGAGAGACCAAAUCUCAUUAUCUUUUUAAUGAUGAUCUAUGUAACUUGGAGUUGGUAGAGCGGCACUGCAGGGAGAUACGGUUCCCCUGGCUGGGCAGAAGUGGGCUUGGAGGGCAGGAGAUGACCCCAGGCAGGGAGCCUCCAGGUUGGCCCUUUGUCCAGCAAGCAGGAGCAGGAGUGAUACCAGGGCAGAAAAGCCUCUUGUCCUUGCCUUGUGGGGCAACUCUGCCGUUCUCUGCUGUGUUCUCUCCAUGCCUUACCCCGAGGAGCACAGCUCGCAGACCAGGACAUGUGGGCAUCCCCCUUCUCGUCCUGCAAAGCGCUUUCCAGGAGCCGUACCAUGGCAGGGCAGGAAGGGGACCCAUCACCUCCCAGAGGCGCCUGCCAGUGUACUGCACCCUCUUGUCCCCUCCUGCCAGAGGGAGGACAGGGACCAUGGCCACUUUCCACCCUUCUCUCUCUGAACUCCUCCACUGCCCAUGGCUCCCAGAAGCCCCUCUCUGCGGUAGGAAACCAUGGUUUGGCAUCUUGGGAGGGGGGGAAAGGGGCAGAGGUGCUCCCUGGGGAGCAAUCCUGCCCGCAGCAGAUGGAGCCCGGCCCUGAGACACUUCUGUUGAUGCCCUCCCAAGCCCCACUAAGUGCCUGUCACUAGAACUCAAUUCCUUCUGCAUCUCCUGCCGUGUUUGGUCAUUCCUUGCUGCCUCCAGUCAAGGAGCAGCUUGUAGUUGCAGCACAUGUAAGUGUUUGCAGGGUGAGGGAGGGCGGGGGGGAGAAGGGGCCAUCUCAACCGUUUUUGUUCUUAAAUGUUCUAUUUUGUUGUCACUUUGGGGUUUUUGGGUUUUAUUUUUGUUUGCUUUUUUUUUUUUAAAGUGAAUGUAUUUGAUUGUUUAGAAACUUUCCUGACCUUGUUUUUAAGUGGGUUGGUCUGAAAGCUGUUUCACAGUGACCCACUACCACUCCUCUCUGGAGAUACGAUGUUCUUUUAAUCCUACGAUGAUGUGUUUGUAGGGGAGGACUGUCCCCCCCACAGCAUGCUGGUAAUGCUCACUUGUACCAAGCCCUCUUGCACUAUAAUCGUACGUUGGACUCUUCAAAAGGGCAAAGAUGUGGGGUGGCUUUAAAAAAAAAACAAGGCAAAUAAAGCAGGUUACCAGCAGGUGCCGUGCUUGAGAAAACCGCUGUCCCCAGGGAGCUGGGAGGUGACACGAGCCAGACUGAGCCAACCGUGCUGUGGUAGGAAGCAGGGCAUUACGCCUUCCAGAAGCGGUGGGCGGCGGGGCGCGGGGGGGCUGUGCCGGGCUCCUGCCGAGGCUUCUGAGGUGGCAAGUGAGAUGAGGGGUUUGGUUUUUUUCAAUAAAACAUUGCACUGCUGCAUUGUUCUCCAUGAA